CACUGCAGAAAGAAGGCAAAGGAGAUGACACAGAAACAAACCGAGGCAAACUUUUGAGAAGGAAGAACAUGAAAAAAAGUAUAGCAGAUGAACCUUACUUGUUUUUCUCUGGAACCCCUAGGGGAGAAAUUAGCUGUGUGGGAGCUGGAAGGGCCUAGGGGAGGCAUGUACCUGCUGUGGAGAAGGAAACUCGGUGGGAUCCAGAUGACCCAGUAUUUGUGGGAGAACUUGGGGGUCCAGCCCCAGAGAGAUGGAUGAUUGUAAUUCGUGGUGCAAUCUGGAGCCAUGGACAGGAAAGAUUAACUGAGGAUGCACUAGCGGUGCGGACGCUGUGCCAUAAUUACCUGCCAAGGAACAAUCAAUACAAUGAUGUGAGUUUCCCUAGAAUCGUCCAGCUGUCAGGGAAGAGAACACUUGAGACAAAUCCACGGCCAAGCAUACACACAGUUGGGCUUGUGCAACGAGGAUGGAGACGAGAGUCAACAGGUCAGUGGAACCCGAGAUGCAGGUGUUUGGUCCUGCCCUUGGGCUCUCCCCAGCUGCUCUCCUCACAUCCUCUCCUCUGGCCUGCCUGCCUGCCUCCUCAACUGGAAAAGACUGGAGGCCUCCUGCAAAGCGAAGGCCAAGGAGCAGAACAAGCGGGCCUUGGUGGAAAGCGCACAUCUGGCAGAAACUCCAAGAUGCCUUCACAGAAGGAACGCACCAAGAGGAGCCUCACACAGAGGCUGGCCCUAAAGAGCCGUAUAGCUAAGGAGACAGUCUCUGAGUUCCUGGGCACCUUUAUAAUGAUCGUCCUUGGGUGUGGCUCUGUUGCCCAAGCAGUCCUCAGCCGAGGUCAUCUUGGUGGAAUAGUCACUAUGAAUAUGGGAUUUGCAACAGCAGUUGUGAUGGCUAUUUAUGUCACUGGCGGUGUCUCUGGAGGCCACAUCAACCCAGCUGUGUCUUUUGCAAUGUGCAUCUUUGGAAGGAUGGAGUGGUUCAAGUUCCCAUUUUAUGUGGGAGCACAGUUUUUAGGAGCCUUUGUAGGGGCUGCAACUGUCUUUGGCAUUUACUAUGAUGGACUCAUGGCCUUUGCUGAUGGAAAAUUGCUCGUCGUGGGAGAAAAUGCAACAGCGUUCAUUUUUGCAACAUACCCAGCUCCAUUCAUAUCCCUGCCAAAUGCCUUUAUAGACCAAGUGCUGUCUACCAUGUUCCUCCUUCUGAUUGUCUUUGCCAUUUUUGACUCCAGAAACAUGGGGGUCCCCAGAGGCCUGGAGCCCCUUGUCAUUGGCCUCCUGAUCAUUAGCCUUUCUUGUUCUCUGAGCCUCAACACUGGCUGUGCCAUGAACCCAGCUCGAGACCUGAGCCCCAGGCUCUUCACUGCUCUGGCAGGAUGGGGAUUUGAGGUCUUCACAGCUGGGAACAACUUCUGGUGGAUUCCUGUUGUGGGCCCGAUGGUUGGCGCUUUCUUCGGAGGCCUCUUCUACAUUCUUCUUAUCCAGCUCCAUCACUCAGACCCCAACUCGGAAGUGAAGGCAGAGCCAUCUGGGAGCAAGUUAGAGAAAUACGAACUCAGCGACAGCAUGUAGUGGUGUGACCGGGUCUAGAUUUACUAUUUAUUUGGUUCUCGCUUCAGAAAAGAUGGCAUCCAUGUGGUAUGCUUUGGUGAGAAUUGAGGGUGGGGUGGGGGAAAUCGACCCACUUUUCUCUAGCCAUUUGGGACAAACCAUUGCAGAGGCAGUAAUGAAAAACUCCACCAGUCACCCCUCCCCAGAAUAUCACUGGCAGUCCCCCUGGGGCCGCUUUCUCUCCAGCCUGGUUCAUUGCAUCUUUGAUGGAAGGUCUUAGUAAUUGCUAAGCAUUUAGAAACUUGACCAUGGACUUGGUAAGAUGGUCUCAGAGACAUUUACUGCCCUAUGUGAAACAGUGUCACCAAAGGCUCUGCCUUCACAAUCUACAAACACAGCAUUCUGAAACUGCAAGGCCCAACAGUGACUGCGCUCAACACCUAUGAAAUGGAAGGGAAGAGUUAACACUCCACCAAGCUGAGCACUGAUAUUCUCCCAGCCUAGGGGUCUAGAAAACAGCAGAAGACAGCUGGGAAGAACUCUAUGACAUUUAAAAACCUCAGGACACAAGAUAAAUUUGGGAAACUGAAUGGCUUUUUUUUUAUGGAAACCAUUUGCCAGAUUAAUCUCUUGCACUUCCCUGCAUUUUAGAUGGUAUCAAUUAAUUUCCAGGUCCUUAAGUAUAUAACAACCUGAAAUAUGAUUUUAACCUUGGUCAUGAAAAAUACAUCGCUCUGUCUUUUUCAGCACAAAUUUGUUUUCCUAAUGGCUCAGUUGAGGACAGACCUCUUGAGUAGUCUGUGGCUGCACAUCCAUGUCCCCAGAAGCCCAAACUAGAAGCUAGUGGAAGCUGACCAGGCAGACUGAAGUUGAGGGUAGAAAGAGUCCCUGGGACAAAAGCAUGAGGGACAGGCUUUAUCUCUCACUAAAUGCUUUCCUAAGCGUCAUCACAUUUGACCCCAACAGCCAUUGUUGGAGGGAAAUAACCAAAGCAGCCAUUUUUCAAAUGAAAAUCUCACAUGAAUUAAGCAAGUUGUCCUUUGUUUUGCAGGGUGUCUUAUGCCUUCCAGAAGCUUGCUAACUGACUGAGGGUGUUAGACAUUCCCCUCAGGGUUCUGUGGAAGGGGGCAUCAGUAGCUUUCAGAACAUGUGUGCUUUGUAGAAAUACUACUUUCAGAUCUUAGGGUGUGAGAUCUCCAGAUUCUACAUUGUUUGGUAUUCCCACUGUCACUGAGGCAUUGAUGAAGGAAAGAGUAUUAAAUACAUGUAGGGGGAUAUUAUUGUGUUUAGGAUUUUUUUUUCCAUUUGAUAGCUACCAAGCAUCCUUAGUUCAGAGUUGGUCAAAAACUGUCUAGGAAUUUAAUUUCCUGUGGGAACUUUAGAAAAUAUUAAUUCCCAUUUAGUUCUUUGUAAAUAACUCAGGUGAUUCAAGCUUUCAUCAAGGACUGGAAACAUGGACUGGAUUGAAUUCUAUGGGCCCAAUUUUUCCUUGAAAGCCAUAUAUAGUUGUCAUGAUGGGCUUGCUGGUGGUGAUCUCAGUGCCUUCGGUUCCGGGUGGAUGACAGCAUAGUUCUCAAUAGUGGCAGUUUUGCUUUCUUCUCUCCAUACUCAGAACAUCUGGAAACAUCUGGAGACAGUGACGUUGUAACAUCUAGGACUAGGGGAAAGAGUUAAUGGUUAGAGAUGCUGCCACCACAAGGUGGUAUCAAACUCACGUCGGUUAUGCCCAGGAUGAGAAACCCUGUAGUUUCUCAAAGGUGGGGAGAGAAUCAAGAUACUGUGGUCCUGAGCCCUGGAUUCAGGUUCUAUGGGGAGCAGAGAACGAGCCAGAACAGACUCUCGAGGUAGAUUUUAAUUCUUAGAGCAGGAAGCAAUCCAAAAUUUGAGAUUUUGCAGGGUAGAUUGUGCAAUAGAUCAUCCAUGCAGGUCCUCAUUAAAUACCACUGGAUGAUCAAUGAUCAGGAUUAUAAGGAGGAAGUGUGCAGUGUCAGAACUCCACCCUAGGAAGGAUAUCUUCAUAGAAAAGGCUUCCUUGGCUGGGUGUUUGUGACGCAUGCCUUUAAUUCCAGCAUUCAGGAGA